GUGCUGGCGGUCGCUGAGCCGCUGCACAACGCCCCCUACACGCCCACGGACUCGAACACCGAGGAGCGCUCCGACUCGAUCUUCACGACGCUGUCGGACGACGGACUGAUGGCUGGCACUGGCACGGGCACCCGCCGUCGCCUGGAGCCGCUACCCACGGCCAGCGCAAAGGAGCUCGCGAGUGAUUCGAUCUACACGCCGCUAUCCCACAAUGGGCCCAUGGCUGGUAUGGCCACAUGGAGACUGGAGCCUCUGCCCACGGGCCGUCACAUGAGAGCGCUAGAGGACGGAGAUGGCGAUGGUAAGGACAGCAGCGACUCAGGAUCCGAUCACGACGACAACAGCAACGUGUCUUCAAACGGCCACAAGUCCAGCAGCAGCUUUUUCGACCACUCCGCUGUGGUCAUCGUCGUCGGAGUCGUGGCGGUUGUGCUCGCUAUUACAGGCGUCAUGAUGGUGGUGGUGCGGAGGAGACGGAGUCGAGCGAUGGAGCGCAACAUCACCGCGACGUCCCUGCAGGCCAGCGAGUUAUCGCCGGCACCCCCAGUUGGAGUAGUCUACGCCCGGCAGUAG